AAUCGCUUUCCAUCCAUUUUAUUUUCUCUCACUAAUCCCCUCAAAAUUUCAUUCAUUUUUCUUUUCCUUCCAUUUUCCUCCUCCGUUUCAUUUCAUUCUCAGCGGAAAAUAAAAAGGAAAGAAAAUUUCACCAUCAUCGUCAUCAAUUCAAUUCAUCAUCAUCAUCGACAUCAAUUCAAUCUUUAGUCAUCAAUGGAUCUCAGGUUAUUCCUGACCGUACAAUGAUUCUCAAGGUUCAAUUUCACGAUGGGAUUAAAAUCCGUCGGUAAAAUUCCUCACAAUCGUGUAGCAUAGUAUUGCCAAAAAUUUGGGGUUAGUUUUUUUGUUGCUGUAUUUUUUUGUUUAAUUUAUCAUUAUCUUGUGAGUUAUAGUAAUGGUGGAAGUGGAAUUUGAAUUGGAAUAGGAAAAAAAGAAUUUUUUUUUUGAGUUGGAAUUGAAAAUUAGGGUCUGGUUGGGUGAUGGAUGAGGUUAGAGUUGGUGUUAGUAGUUGUAGUAGUGAAGCAGAGCAGACUCAGUCAAGAGAUACAGUUGAGGAGACGGCGGCUUCUUCGUCUUCUGGAUGGCAUCCUAGGGAGCUUGCUUUUGUUGCUUUUGUGCCGAGGGAUAAAGAAGAACAACAAGAAGAUGAACGUGUUAAUGCUGCUGGGAAGUUCUUGAAAUACCGUGCAUUUGUUAGGAGACCUUUAGUGGGAAGAUUGACAAAGGAAAUAGUUGAAACAUACCGAAUAUGCAAUCCACAGUUUAAAUAUUCUGAAGAUCUAAAUCCAAAGAGAUUUUUGACCAGCCCAUCUACUGGAGUGCUUAAUGAUGGCUAUGAUAAUGCAAACUCGGAUCUUAUUCUGACAGUGAAUUUGAUCUUGAUCCAUGUAGAGAAAAGUAGAAGAUAUAUUGUCAAAGAUCUCCUUGGCCAUGGGACAUUUGGACAAGUGGCCAAAUGCUGGGAUUCAGAUACCAACAGUUUUGUUGCUGUCAAGAUCAUUAAAAAUCAACCUGCAUACUAUCAACAGGCUCUGGUUGAAGUAACUAUUUUAACAACGUUAAAUAAGAAGUACGAUCCUGAGGAUAAGAAUCACAUUGUUCGUAUAUAUGAUUAUUUUGUAUAUCAAAGACAUUUGUGCAUAUGCUUUGAACUGCUGGACACAAAUUUGUAUGAGCUUAUCAAAAUGAAUCAUUUUAGGGGAUUGUCAAUUGGUAUUGUUCAGCUGUUCUCUAAGCAGAUUUUAUGUGGACUGGCUCUAUUAAAAGAUGCUGGCAUUAUUCAUUGUGAUCUGAAGCCAGAAAACAUUCUUUUAUGUACGAGCUCUGUGAAGCAGGCAGAAAUAAAGAUUAUUGACUUUGGAUCAGCAUGCAUGGAAAACCGCACUGUUUAUUCCUAUAUUCAGAGUCGAUACUAUAGAUCUCCUGAGGUUCUUCUUGGAUAUCAAUACACAACAGCUAUUGAUAUGUGGUCCUUUGGGUGCAUAGUGGCAGAAUUGUUUCUUGGAUUACCAUUAUUCCCUGGGGCUUCAGAGUUUGAUCUUUUGAGAAGGAUGAUUGAAAUAAUUGGAGGACAACCACCUGAUUAUGUACUACGGGACGCCAAAAACACUAGUAAAUUCUUUAAGUGUAUUGGGAGUCUCCAAAACAUAGAAAUCAGUGAGGGUUCCAAAAAUGGACGUGUUUAUCAAGCAUUGACAGAGGAAGAAUAUGAAGCUAGAGAUUUGAAGAAGCCUUCAAUUGGAAAAGAAUAUUUUAAUAAUAUGAAUCUUGAAGCAAUAGUUACAAACUACCCCUACAGGAAAAACCUACCUAAGGAAGAUAUUGCCAAAGAAAAGCAAACAAGACUAGCUCUUAUUGACUUUUUGAGAGGGCUCGUUGAAUUUGACCCUGCAAAACGCUGGUCACCAUUCCAGGCUUCAAAACACCCUUUUAUAACCGGGGAACCUUUUACUCACCCUUACAGACCUUCCCCCGAGACCCCUUACAUUCCAGUAGUUCAAAACAUCAAGGUUGAUAAUCAUCCAGGUGGAGGACACUGGUUUGCUGCUGGUCUAUCACCGAAUGUUGCAGGCAAAAACAGAGCUUCCCUCUAUAGCAGUCCGCAUUUUCAGAUGGCGCAACAUCCACCUGCUAAUAGUUAUGGCAGUGUAGGAAGCCAUGGGAGCUAUAAUGAUGGUGCUGGGCUUGGAAGCAGCUAUGGAAGUUAUGGAGAGAGCAGUAACAUGUUUGCUUACUAUUCACCUAUCGCUCCAUCUGGUAUGAACAUGCACAAUCAGGGUAGUAUGUCAAUGCUUGGCAAUAGUCCUGAUGCUCGGAGAAGAAUUAAGUACCAACCUGGGAAUGGACUGGGUGUAAGUCCAUCUGGUGGAAAUUUCGCUCCCUUGCCUCUUGGUGCCAGCCCAUCUCAAUUUACUCCACCAAGUUCCUAUAGUCAGAUUCCAGUUGGUUCCCCAGGUCAUUUUGGACCUACAUCUCCUGCAAGAGGAGCUUCUCAUGGAUCACCUUUAGGCAAGACUGCUGCAGCCAGCCAGUUUAAUAGAAGAAAAAAUUGGGGACAUUCUGGAAGUCCUCAAACCCAAGAAACAGCAUUUUCUUCACAUUGGCAUGGUCAAUAUCCUGAUAGCACAAGCCAAGCAGAGGGAACAUCACAAGCUCCUGGCAGUUCACCAUCAUAUAUACAAUCAAAUAUUAAUCCUGGGAACUGGAAGCAGCGCGGAAGUGGAGGGGUUUCUGCUAAUCAGAAGAUUCCAUCCAUGGUUAUGCCUGGUUCUAAUAUGAACUCACAGUCGACGGAAUUGACUCAUGACAAUGUGGAGACCGGUUUUUCAUUGCCUGAUCCUGGAGAUUGGGAUCCUAAUUAUAGUGAUGAACUACUUCUGCAAGAGGGCGGUUCAGAUGAAAGCUCUUUGUCAACUGAGUUUGGCAGAAGUAUGAAUCUUGGUUCCAUAGAACCGUGGUCUGGAUUUGGAAGGUACGACCAUCUCUCCAACUCAAGCUCUCCAAUAACCAUGCAUAGAUUAAAUGGACCUGGUCAAACAUUUUCUACUGUAGAGAUGGGUAGCCCCCCAACACAUGAUUUCCAAGCAGCAUAUAUACACUCUAUGUCAAAGCCUUUUCAUCUCAUGCCUCAUAUUUCACAAAAUUCUCCAAGCCGUUUUGGACACCAAUCUGUUCAAAGAUUUACACAUGGUAGACCCCCUCAGGGUAGUGACUGGAAUCAAAUUAAGAUUCAGGCUCCUUCUGGUUUCAGCAACGUGGGUCCGCGUUCUCCCAGGAAUGCCUCAUUCACUGGCAAUAUGCCAUGGGGGCGACGAAUGAAUCCUCCUACUUCAAGCAUUCCUCCUAUCUCAAACAUACCACCGACAUCCCGUUCAAGAAAAGACUAUGCAAGGAUAGACUAGCACUGGUCCUGAUUUGGUGAACCAGCUUGGCUUCUUUUUUUAUUAAUUAUUAUUACUAUUAUUUUGGUUCAUGACAAGGGAGGGUGCUUUGUAGAAGGGGGGAGAAAGAGAGUUGUAUUGGGGAGAGGGCGGAGGCCAGUAGCGAUGGUUGCCUUACAAACCUUUCUGUCUUUGAUCAUUUGUUGUGCUUGUGCUUGAAAAAUAAUUAAUUUAUGGUUAUAGUUUGCAUUUCAUUGAUCA